CUGUAGUAUACUGUACAAUAAUAUCUAUCUUAGUCUUGUAUGGAUCAGUUUGCGCUCGAUCGUGAUCGAGCAAAUGUCGCAAUAAUUUAAAAAUUUUUUAUUUACAAUUAAUGUCUUCUGUGAUUUUUUAAAUUUUUAGUUAUCUUAAUUACUCGUUAACUAGUUAUCUAUUUUUGUUUGAGAUAAAACGGAGUUUAUUCUACGGAGUAUAUUAUUAAUUAUAAAGAUUAUUUAAUUGUACAAUGGAAGCUUUAGUUUCUUGCAAUGAAUUUUAAAAAAAAGUGUCAUCAGAUAUAUAAUGGAGGAAAGGAUGCUGCCGAUAAAUACCAGUCGUUCAUUGAACUUGACUUUCGAUGGACUAUCCUACUGUGUAAAAACCGGAAUUUUGAGGAGAGAAAGUCGACAAUUAUUAACGACAGUUAGCGGCGAAUUCCGUGUGGGAGAAUUGACGGCGAUAAUGGGACCUUCUGGAGCUGGAAAGUCGACGCUUAUGGAUAUUUUAGCCGGAUUUACGGUCCAAAAAAGCGGCACAGUCUCUGUAAACGGUAAUCCUCGUGAUCUUGCGGAGUUCCGUCGAUCAUCUGCGUACAUAAUGCAAGACGACCACCUCGAGCCUCUUCUUACUGUCGAGGAGAGCGUUUAUAUUGCAGCGAAUCUUAAACUUGGCUGGAAUUAUCAUGACAAUGCACAAAGGGUCGACCAAAUUAUUUUCGCACUAGGUCUCGAGUCAUGCAGACAUACAAGAACGUCAUUUUUGAGCGGGGGACAGAAAAAAAGACUAGCAAUGGCUCUCGAGCUUGUUAAUAAUCCACCAGUUAUGUUUUUUGAUGAGCCAACGAGUGGUCUCGAUAGCGUGACAUCAAAGCAGUGUAUUAAAUUGAUGCAGGAACUGGCCAGAGAAGGUCCAUGUACAAUUAUAAUUAACAUCCACCAACCCAGCGCAAUACUUUUCGACAUGAUCGACCAUCUAUAUGUGAUUGUCGGCGGUCGUUGUGUUUACACAGGAAGCACCAAAGCCAUAGUGCCAUUUUUAGCCAAGCACGGAUUACACUGUCCUACUUAUCAUAAUCCCGCCGACUUUCUAAUGGAAGUUUGCAACGGCGAGUACGGGGACUGGAACGAUAAACUCGUCGAGUCAAUUGAUAAUGGAAAGUGUAAUGACUGGAAAUCAGAGUCUAAUAAAAAUAUUCCCUGGAGACUUAGAAGUAAAUUCAAUCCUGAAGUCCCCAGAGACCAAAAUGACGACAAUGUUGCUGAUGAUGAUAAAGAAGAUGACAAAAUUACUGAAAAUAAUUCUGUAGACUACGCUACUGGAUUUUGUCAGCAGUUGUACAUAUUAAUUAAGAGAAAUGCCAUUAAAUUAUCACGAGACAGAGUCUUAACAUUCACACGGUUGUCGAUGCAUUGCAUAAUUGCGCUUAUCGUUGGAAUUAUUUACUACGGUAUUGGUGAAGAUGCCGCUUACGCACUAGACAAUUUCAAUUUACUAUUUUUUAGUCUAAUGUUUCUGAUGUUCUCAGCAUUCAGUGCCACUAUAAUAACAUUUCCAUUGUCUCUGCCAAUUGUAACGAGAGAACAUUUCAACAGGUGGUAUAAACUGAGAUCAUUUUAUCUAGCGAAUCAAUUAGCCGAUUUACCAAUUCAAAUAAUAGCUGUUACUAUCUACACAUAUAUUGUUUAUUUUAUGACUGGACAGAUCUUAGAAGUCAGAAGAUUUGUGCUCUGGUCUAUGGUCUGCGUUGUCGUCAGUCUCGUUGCCCAGCUGAUUGGGGUAAUUGUCGGGAUCGCAUUGAGUAUACAUAACAGCGUGAUAUUUGGUCCACUUUUUAUUAUGCCUUUUGUCGUAUUCAGUGGAUUCUUUGUCCACUUGAAUGACGCUCCAGUUUUUCUUCAAUGGUUUUUUCAUUCAUCUUUUUUAAAAUACGGCUUCGAAUGCGCCAUGGCAUCUAUGUACGGAUUUGAACGACCGAAAAUGCAUUGCUCGCAAGAAUACUGUCACUUUGUUUAUCCCUCAAAAUUAAUGAAAGAAAUGGGAAUGACCAACGUCAACUACUGGUUUUCAUUCAUAAUAUUAAUUAUUUUAUAUUUCAUACUCGACUUGAUAGCUUUUAUUACUCUUCGUCUUCGUCUUAAAAAAAUCAUAUAACUUUUGUAAAUACAAAUCAUUGUUUUUAUGUUACAAUAAUUUUUUAUACUAAUUUAAUAACAACAUAUAUAUAAUAUUUUAUAUCUUUACAAGAA